CACCAACUAAAAAAUGGUUUUUUUCAAUUGACACACACAGUUCUUCUUCUUUAGUCGUUUUUUUCUUUAUCAAUCUCCGCAAUGUCUUUGCGUCUCCAAAUGCAUUCUUAUUAAAGUCUCUUCCGCCUCAACCUCAAGUUGGAAGAUGUCCAAGUCUGGAGCAUUGGCAACUGGUGUUGGUGGAAAGAUUGAGAAGAAGGAAGUACUUUCAGCUGUUGAAAAGAAUGAGAAGUACCAUGUCCUUCAUGGAGGAGAUGAGUUAAAGAGGAAAGCUAACUACUCUGACAUGGUUAACAAAUAUUAUGAUCUAGUGACAAGCUUCUAUGAAUAUGGUUGGGGUGAGUCUUUCCAUUUUGCACCCAGAUGGAAACCAGAGUCGCUUCGAGAGAGCAUCAAACGACACGAACACUUUCUUGCUUUGCAACUAGGCCUGAAACAAGGGCAGAAGGUGUUGGAUGUAGGAUGUAGCAUUGGUGGGCCGUUAAGAGAAAUUUCUAGAUUCAGUGAUACAUACGUUACAGGGAUAAACAACAAUGAGUAUCAAAUAACAAGAGGAACAGAACUGAAUCGCAUUGUAGGAGUGGACAACAACUGCAGCUAUGUGAAGGCUGACUUCAUGAAUAUGCCAUUUUCUGAAAACAGUUUUGAUGCAAUAUUUGCAAUAGAAGCUACCUGUCAUGCACCAAAUGUGGUGGAUUGCUACAAAGAGAUUUUCAGAGUGUUGAAGCCUGGCCAAUCUUUUGCUGCUUAUGAGUGGUGCAUCACUGAUUCUUUCGAUCCCAACAAUGAAGAGCACCAGAGAAUCAAGGUUCUACUGAUUCAAUAUGCCUUUUGACUUGCUUUCUCUGUCGGAAGACAAACUUAAUUUCUUUGGAAACAGGGUGAGGUUGAGCUUG